CUUUUUUCUGUGAUGCAUGGGUUCCCCGUCAAAUGCGCUAAAAUUGGCGUAAAUUCAGACCACUUCUGCGCAACUGCAUGUGCCAGGACAAAUUUUCUGCCGAGAAAUUCAUCAACUCUUCACCUAUUUUAGACGUCCUUAUUAAAACAUUCUAAUGUAUUUAUGAGGAUAGUACACCUAGAAAUCGCAUUUCAUAAUUUUUGAGAUUACUUGAUAAAGUAAAGUCAUGGUCAUGGAAACCCCAAGCCCACAGUGUGUUGGCCGCGAAUUUGUGAGGCAGUAUUACACCUUGCUUCAUGAGGCCCCACUGCAUCUGCACAGAUUUUAUAGCCACAAUUCCAGCUUUGUACAUGGUGGCGUUGAGAAACCUGGUGAAGAACAGCCUCCAGUCAUGGGACAAGUGGAUAUUCAUAAGAAGAUCAUGUCUCUUAAUUUCCGUGAUUGCCAUGCUAAGAUCCGACAAGUUGACAGCCAGGCAACAGUAGGCAAUGCAGUCGUUGUACAGGUGACUGGAGAACUAUCCAACAAUGGACAACCAAUGCGUCGAUUCAUGCAGACCUUCGUUCUUGCUCCUCAAUCACCGAAGAAGUAUUAUGUUCACAAUGACAUCUUUCGUUACCAGGAUGAGGUUUUCCAUGACAAUGACACAGACACAGAAAACCAAGAUGAAGAUUCUGAUGUAGAAAAUGUGGACUCGAACCCUUCUUCUGUGCAGGAAGUGGUCCCAGACCAGGGCAUAGCCACAUACUAUAGUGAACCCCCAUCUGCUCUGAGGUUGGUGUCUACCUCAAGUACAGAUUUCCAGCUGGAGUCACAAAUUGACAAUGGCACUGCACACCUGGAAGAACGUGUGGACUCUGCUUCACAAAAGUCAGAGGAGGAGGAGGAAGAACUGAAACCAGAGGAAGAAGCUGAGCUUCCUGAGGAGAUCUACCAGGAAAAGUGUGAAGAACAAACUCCAGUGGAGCCAGAGCCCCAGGAACCUGAAGAACCAGCACAUCUGGAAACACAGUUCACAGAAGAACCAAAGAGUUUGUCAUGGGCUGCUAUGGCUGGAAAGAAGGCAAACAGUACUGGUUCAUCAACAGUCCCCCCAUCCAUGCCUCCAGCACCAUCUGUUGCAUUCAAAGCUCCUCCUACCCAAGGGUUUCCAAAGAUUGAGACCAAACAGGAUUCCAGUGCUGCAACAGGUGCCCCACAGCCACAGAGGGCUCCAAGGCAACAACGAGGUUUCCGUGAUAGAGAUCGUGGUGGUUUUGGGCGUGGUGAAGGGGAUGGAGAUGCAGACAGCCAGGGUGGCCGACGAGGAGGACCCAUGGGAGGAGGCGCUUCACGAUUCCCAGACAGUCAUCAGUUGUUUGUCGGAAAUCUUCCACAUAAUAUCACAGAGAAAGAAUUGAUUGAUUUCUUCACAGCAUAUGGUACUGUUGUGGAAUUGAGAAUAAAUACAAAAGGCAGUGGUGGGAAGUUGCCAAAUUUUGGCUUUGUGGUAUUUGACAAUGCAGAACCUGUUAAACAAAUUCUGAAUAGCAAGCCAAUUAAGUACAAUGGUGAACAUCGUCUGAAUGUUGAGGAGAAGAAGGCACGUGGUGAGGGAGGUCGUCAGGGAGGUCGAGGAGGAAUGCGUGGCAGCAGCAUGGCUGGCCCAGGACGUGGAAUGGGAGGAGGCAUGGGUGGCAGAGGAGGCUCUCGUGGCGGUGGCGGAGGUGGCAUGGGUGGUCCCAGGCCAGACAGAGGCAGCGUGGGUGGGGGGAGAGGAGGUGGCGGUAGUAUGAUGACUGGAUCAAGACGUUGAGUGAUGUGUCUGUCCAGUUGGUGCUUCUAGAAAGUAUGCAAUUCUGGCUAGCUUGUCAAAUCAGUUAUAAAACAGGUAUAACCUUUAACAUAGGGGAGACAAUUUAGUAUUAAGAACUAUCCCAUUUGUGUACAGAACUAGUGCCAUCAAACAUUUUAUGUGUACAGUAACUGAAUUUGCUGGAUGAAUAUGGUUUUUAAUAUUUAUUUCAUGUAAAAGAGUAUGAGGACGUACAAUGACUUGUAACAUCGAUUGACCAGCUGACACUGACCAUGUUGAAUGGGCUGGGGUUCCCAUGACCUUAAUUUCAUACGGACUCUUAAGCUCUUUUAUAUGAAACAAAGAAUUAAAUUGAAUCAUUCCUACAUGAUGGUCUCACCAUUGUUGCCGAUUUUGUGACAUUAUGUAUUUGUUGUAAAUAAAUGUACAGUGCAGCAUCUUUGUGCAGAACUGGUCUCAAUCGGUCAACAUUGGUCAAUGUAUAUAGAUAGUUAUGCAUUGCAUACAAAGGUUUUGAAUAACAGAAUUGCAUAUUUUCUGUAAAAGAGUACUUUUUGCAUUUUUCCUACUUCAUGUUUAUGUGAAACAUAUUGAUAUGCCUUAUGUCGUGGUUCCAUCAAGGCAUAGAUGUUUUCAUCGUCAGAAAUCAAACGACGCAAGGCAGAUGUGAAAGAUCUCCCAUUUUCAAAUGUUAUGUGAAAGUGAUUUUUUUUUUUAUUGGUAACACAUUUAUUUCUUAAUUUAUUUCCCCCUCCCCCCCCCCCCUUUUUUUAAAAAGUUUUUUUUUUGUCCCUCCCUCAGAUAAGAGAGAACUAUGCAAAACGUCACUUGAAUUUGGGAUGUUUAAAUUGAUUCUCGUAUCUUGUGGAAAAAAUUUUCUCCAGAAAUUGUUUUCCAUUAAAUUGUGCAGCAGAGACUAGGAAAUAUAACUAUUAAUUUAUUGUAACUUUAAUAUGUCUACAUUCCUGGUUUCUGAAUAUUACAAUUUUUACUAGUCCCGAAAGUGCAGGAUACAACAAAUACAAGAUUUAAAAUGCUAUUUUUGCAUUUUAAUACUUUCUUUAUUCUCCUUAUUUCUUUAUUAGAAUGGAUUCAUCUGCUAGUCGGAGGGUACUGACAGGAUAAUAUGCAGAUUAUAUUGAAUAUUACACAUUUAAAGAAUGAUCUCCCAAAUUGGUUUACAUCUAGGAAUCUUGGAAUAUUUAUUUUCCUCAGCAAUUGGUGCAACUUGCUACCUACUUGGCGGCAUGGGUGAUAUAAUAAUGUGAUGAAGUAUUGUCUAAGUUUUGUCAAGACAUUAAGAUGUGGCGAGCCUCCCAACACUGGCACGAGACUAAGAUUGCUAUAUGGUACCAAUAGUCUUUCAAGAUGAAAUCUCACAUAUUUAAUAGUAGAAAUAAUAAUAAGACAAAAUAUAAAUAAACAGUGUUUGUGGAUGCUAUCUGGUACUAAUGUUGAUAUCCCAGUACGGAUCCACAAAAAAGCCAUGAACAAGUAUAUAGUCCAGUGAUUGAGGUUCUCUCUACAGUACUGCCCUACUCUAAUUGUGACAGUUAUGUACACUCCAUGUAUUAAAUGUGUGUGAGAGACUGACUAGGCUCCCGGGACAGACAGAUCCAGGUCAGGUAAAUCACCAUACAAGUGCCAAAUAUCACUAUUUAGAAUUUUUUUUUAUUAUGUUAUUUCAACAAUUCCCAAUAACGGUUGCUUUAUUUGCCUUCAAGAAUGCAUACAUUAUUUAUGAGAACAUGUGGUCCUAUUUUGAAUAGGUAUGGUCCUGGUUUUAAAUGAGCAUUCUAUCCUACAACACAGUAGUUUCAUCAGUGAGGUAGAAAUGAAGCCGACCAUCAGCUUUGGAAAAUAUUUUGUUGCUUCCCAGGGUAUGUUGGUAGAGCAAUCAUCAGUUAACAACAUUACGGCCCGACCUGGCACUGCCUGUCCUAGUGUUGCAUACUAGUAGCAGGGGCAAUGGUGAAUGUGACUAAAUGUGUGUAAGUCAUUGUGUAUGUGGUGUAGAUAAUUUGUUCAGUUUUUUUCACACAGCUGUGGCACAUGUAUUCUAUGUUCAUCUUCAAAGAAGGACAGCUACAUAUGCUUACAGGUGUUUUAGCCACCUAGAGAAAAACAGUUGACUUAAUAUUGGCAAAAUA